AGGCUAAAGCCUAAACCUCUGUCAUGGCCACAGCCUCACCAAGAUCUGAUACAAGUAACAACCAUAAUGGAAGAUUACAGAUGCAAGUAACAGUUUCUAGUGCCAAACUGAAACGGAAAAAAAAUUGGUUUGGAACAACUUUCUACACGGAAUUAACUGCAGAUGGAGAAAUUAAGAAAACAGCAAAAUCAAGUAGUUCUUCAAAUCCAAAAUGGGAUGAGCAGCUGACAGUGAAUGUGACUCCACAGACUACGCUGGAAUUUAGAGUGUGGAGCCAUCACACUUUAAAAGCAGAUGCUUUAUUAGGAAGAGCCACUGUAGACUUGAGACAAGCUUUGGAAAUACACAAUAGAAAAUUGGAGAAGGUGAAAGAACAGUUGAAACUCUCUUUGGAAAACAAGAGUGGCAUGGUGCAAACAGGUGAACUGACAGUUGUGCUAGAUGGUUUGGUUGUUGAACAAGAAUGUCUUACAAAUCUCAGUUCAUCAGCAACCAUAGAAGUUCAGCAAAAUGGCGAGGCUGUGCAUGAAAGCAGAGAUGCUUCAGCAAGAAGUACAUCCAGAUCUGCUUGUGACAUUUCUAAUGGGAUAGACAAUCAAGUACCCUCCAACUCUGUAGUACAGAAUACGUUCUGUAUAGAAGCUGUUAAUGGAGACAGCACACCAUCUCCUACUCAUGUUGCAGCCAGACCCAAAAAUACACCAGUACCAAAACCACUUGCAGCUCAGCCUGUCAACAGCACUGUUAAUGGUGAGUCAUCCACCUCUGCACCAGAAGCUGGUAAUUCUUCUGUCUCUGAGGCUCCGAUAGGUUCAGUCGAAGCUCCUGUGUCUUCAGAUUGCACUAACACUACAGCAGAACCUCAGUCAACAACAGAAGCAACUACUUCUUCUGAAAGCCACACUUCUGCAUUACCUGUUGUGUCUGCUGAACUAGAACCUACAGCUGCAACAGACUGUGCUCAACCUAAUGCUAGAAACAGUAUAGCAGCAGAUGCAGCAAAACCAAGGGAAUCCUCCUCCACCUCAAGUGCACCUGCAGAACCUGUGAGACAGCAGCCUGGUAACACCAGUACAGAACCUUUGCCACCAGGGUGGGAGCAAAGAAAGGAUCCUCAUGGUAGAACCUAUUAUGUUGAUCACAACACACGAACUACAACGUGGGAAAGACCACAACCCUUACCUCCUGGCUGGGAAAGAAGAGUUGACGAUCGAGGGAGAGUUUACUAUGUGGACCACAACACCAGAACAACGACAUGGCAGCGACCAACAAUGGAAUCAGUCAGGAACUUUGAGCAAUGGCAGUCUCAACGGAAUCAACUGCAGGGAGCUAUGCAACAAUUUAACCAACGAUACCUCUAUUCGGCUUCAAUGUUGUCAGCAGAAAAUGAUCCACUUGGGCCUUUACCACCAGGUUGGGAAAGGAGAGUGGAUUCAAAUGAUAGGGUGUAUUUUGUAAAUCAUAACACAAAGACAACACAGUGGGAAGACCCUCGAACUCAAGGUUUACAAAAUGAGGACCCUCUUCCAGAGGGCUGGGAAAUCAGAUACACGAGAGAAGGUGUCAGAUACUUUGUUGACCAUAAUACACGAACCACCACCUUCAAUGAUCCUCGUACUGGGAAAUCUUCUGUAAAUAAAGGGCCACAGAUUGCUUAUGAGCGUAGCUUUAGGUGGAAACUUGCUCAUUUCCGUUACUUGUGUCAGUCAAAUGCACUGCCAAGUCAUGUGAAAAUCAAUGUAUCCAGGCAGACUUUGUUUGAGGAUUCCUUCCAGCAAAUUAUGGCAUUAAAACCCUAUGAUUUGAGGAGAAGAUUAUAUGUUAUAUUCAGAGGAGAAGAAGGAUUGGAUUAUGGUGGCUUGGCAAGAGAAUGGUUUUUCUUGCUUUCCCAUGAAGUACUGAACCCUAUGUACUGCCUAUUUGAAUAUGCUGGCAAGAGCAACUAUUGCCUGCAGAUAAAUCCAGCAUCAACAAUCAAUCCUGACCAUCUUUCAUAUUUCUGUUUCAUUGGGCGCUUUAUUGCCAUGGCAUUGUUUCAUGGGAAAUUUAUUGACACUGGUUUUUCUCUGCCUUUCUACAAACGAAUGCUGAGCAAAAAGCUUACUAUUAAGGACCUAGAAUCUAUUGAUACUGAAUUUUACAACUCCUUAAUUUGGAUAAGGGAUAAUAACAUCGAAGAGUGUAACUUGGAAAUGUACUUCUGUGUGGAUAUGGAGCUCUUAGGAAAAGUAACCUCACAUGAACUGAAAUCAGGAGGUUCAAAUAUCUUGGUAACUGAGGAGAACAAAGAAGAAUAUAUUGGGUAGGAAGAUGUAGAU